AUGGUGUCGGGUAUGGCUCGCCGAACUGCGAUAGGCAUGGGGAUUGGGAUGAUGGCUUGUUCGAUGAUCGCUACGAUAGUUUUCAUGAAAUAUCGUACCAGCAACACUUUGAUCUCUCAGACGCAUGGCGAUGGCUCUACUCUCAAGCGAAUCAUCAAGAGGACUCUCAUGCAAGACAGUGAAGUUGACGAGGGGCAUCUGUACGCAAAUGCACUAAGAAAGGCAGGAUUUCGCUUCAAUCACGGAGAGGAAGAUGCUAUAGCAACAUCACUGCAACAUGGUAAGCAUAAGCUUUCGUCUCUGGCGAUCAAUCCGAAACUGCAACAACAAAUCAAAGUUGCCGACGUCAUAAAUCAAUCGCCUUCGAUGCUUCACAAGAGUCAUUUUGUCGAGGCCCCUGCUCACACAAGCAAGAUGAAGACAGUCAGUAAAUCACAUAUGGGUCGUUCAACAGUGGAUUUGAGCGACAAAAUUCGUCUUGCUGAAGCCAUUCUGCAUGGCAGACCUCACAAGUCGCAAGAGCACAAAAGCAAGGCAGCAAGCUCUCCCUCAAAGGGUGCCAGCAAGAAGGCAAUUCAGGCCACCAUGAUGGCAGCGCGUGCAAGUGUACAAAUGCCUGCACAUAAGAUGAAUCCGCUGUCCAUCAAGGAGCGAAUGAAAGAUCUGCUGAAUCGAAAAGCAGAACGAGAUCUGAAGAAAAUGUGGAGUAAUGCCCACACGAGUAAACCCAUGGAAGCACACCAUACUUCAACACUUCAAGGAAAUUUUGCAGAAUCGUUUCUGAAGAAGCUGAAUGAAAAAGAAGCAAGCAUGUUUAAGCAAGAAGAGUCUGCGGCUUUGAGCAAGGAGGAAUUGAUGACGGCCAAAUGGGACACAGCCAAGCAUUGGGAAGCAAACCACCCUGUGCAGUUGGAUGCAAAAAAUUAUCAGCCAACUGCUUUGUUGUUUGGUAAUCUGAAGGAUGGAACGGCGCUCCAAGUGAAGGACGGCCAUUCUAUGUCACGAAUCAAACUUGAAAAAUCCAUGAGGCAGCAGUUGGAUGCAGGUCUACAUGAUCUCCAGCGGAGUAUGAAACCACCCGCCUCUGUAGCGACCGACUCUCGCAAGCAAGCAGACAUGGGAACGAAUCUGAUACAAUCAAUCGCGGAGGAUAACUCUCAAGUGCCGGAGAACAAGCUUGAGCAGAGACUAAAGGAAACAAUCACUGGACUUGAUCAUGACCUUGAAGAAAAGCUUUUUCAUGCAUCCUUGGCAAAGCAUCUCUUCAGGCGUGAAAACUGA